AUGAAAUCAUCACUUUAAAAUAGCAGAAACACAUACAAUAAAUCACAUCGAAAUUAUUCUAUAAGGCCUACUUCCUCUUUGGCAGAAGAAAAUUAAGUUAGGAACUUUAGAAUGUUUUCUUAAACAUAAGGUUGUUCAAUAACAACAAACUAACCUCAAAGAAUAGAACUACCCUGUUUUUUUAACACUCCAGCUAGAUUUAAGAAUAUGAAUGUAUUAUUUAAUAUUAGCUAAAGAGAAAAAUAAAAUUCAAUUGUCAGAAAAAUAAAACGAUCCAAAAAGUCUUUAGACUCCAGAAUUAUCUAUUUAUUUAUAAUCUUAAAGAAGAUUGAAAGAUUAUGAAAUGUUGGCUUUUGCAUGUAAAAGAGCUGGAAGAAUUAAAGAUGAAGGAAGGGCUUAUUAUAGUAUGGGAGUAUUAUUGGAUAAUAUGGGAAAAUGGAGUUAAGCUAUAUAAUAAUAUGAGAGAUUUCUAAAAAUAUGUAUUAAAAUAGAUGAUUUGCAUGGAUGUGGAUUAGCUUAUAAUUGUAUAGGAGUAGAUUAUUAAUUUAUGGCUGAAACAAAUCCAAAAUAUAUAGAAAAAGCAAUUGAAUUUCAUAAAAAACAUGAAGAAGUUUCUGAUAGUAAUGGUAAAUUCUUGGCAUCAAUAAAUCUUGGCUUAUGUUAUGAUGCCAAUUCUUAGUUAUCUAUGUUUUACUUUUAGUAAGCUCUCAAACAUGCAAUAAAUAUGUCAAGCAAAUUAGGAUAAACAAUUGCUAUAGCUAAUAUUGGAAGAAUAGGAUAAAAAGGUUUAUAUGAUAAUGCUGAAAAAAUGAAAGUAUAAGUUAACUUACUCAUUUUUCUAGUUAUUUAUAGAAAAGUUUCUAUAAUUGGCAAAUGAAAUGAAGGACACAGAAAGUAUUAUCAAAGGACAUAUGAAACUAGGAACAGUAUCUGCUUAAAUGGGAUCAUAUAAUGAAGGAAAGAAUAGUUUUUUGAAGGCUUUAGAAAUGGUCGAGAAUGAUCGUUACUUAUAUUAAGAGGCUAAAUGUGGAUUUGCUAUUUCAAAUGCAGAAAUGAAUAUGGAUUAAUAUCUGAAAGAAUAAGCAUAAUUAUUAAAAUAAUGA